CACUGUGGCUUGAACGCGUCCAAAUUCAUGGUAGACUGCUCCCAGACAGAAACAGAGGCGUUACGACAAUCAUUCAAGACACUGGAUAUCUAUUACUGCUCGUUUCAUGUUGCACAGGCAUGGGAGCGAAAGACAAAAGAAUAUCAUGGAGUUGACGUCUGUAAUGCUAUGCGACUACCUUUGAAAGAGAUACGGAAUGCCAGAACUGAUGCAGAGCGAGUGCAGAAGUGGGAUGGUUUCACAAAGGCGUUCCUGAAACGUAAGAAGAUGAUCAACUACCUGAAAACGUGGAUGGUCCCAGAACGAGUGGAGAAAUGGGCAUUGUACCUUAGAAAGGUACUGUGAGAAAGGCAGCAUAUCAAUACCAACAACCU